AUGACGUCCAGAGCCCCCAAGUGCUUUGCGCGACAGCUACACCAAUCAGCUCGACCACGCAAUAUCUCGCUGCGACGGACUUCACCCACACCGCAGAGCCGGCCAUUUACCAGACCAACAGCCGCGAGGCACAGCCGCGUAGCAUCCAGGGCACAGACGCCUCAUCCCCAGAACCUCUCUCCACGGGCUGUCGCUUUGCUGGCCGGCAUUGGACUCGCAUCGUUUGCUUACGCCCUCUACCGGACGCCCCCCGCUGCUUUUGACGCCGCGGCGGUGCUGCAGUCCGAAGACGAUGGAUAUGCCCAGGCCGCCACUCACGAUGACCGCGAUCCGAAUCUGCCCCGGUUUCGCAUAUCCGAGAUCCGGAAGCACGACGGCAAGUCCAAGCAUCCCUGGGUGACGUACGGCGACAAGGUCUACGACAUCACCGAGUGGAUUGCCGCCCAUCCUGGUGGACCAGUCAUUCUGCGAGCAGCCGGCGGCUCAAUCGAGCCUUACUGGAACAUCUUCACCAUUCACAAGAACCAAUACGUCUACGACAUACUGAAUCAGUACCUCAUUGGCUACGUCCACCAGGCCGAUCUGGUCAACGGCAAGCCCGCCCAGGAAGCGAUUGAGGAUCCAUUCGCCGACGACCCGGUGAGACACCCUGACCUCAUCACGCGGACACUGAAGCCUCGCAAUGCCGAAACCCCUGAACCGGCUCUCAGCGCCCACUUCAUCACGCCCAACGAGCUCUUCUACGUCCGGAACCACAUGUGGGUGCCGAAGCUCUCUCCGGACGAGGCCGAGGCACACGUUCUGACCGUGGAACUCCCCGACGGUACCACCAAGGAAUACACCCUGCGCGACCUCAAGACCAAAUUCGAAAAGAGAAAAGUCACGGCUGUUUUGCAAUGUUCGGGCAACCGUCGUAGCCACAUGACCCAAGGGUCUGGCCGCCCAACAAACGGCCUGCAAUGGGAAGCCGGCGCCAUUUCCAAUGCUUCGUGGGAGGGAGUUUUGCUGGCCGACAUCCUCGCCGAUGCCGGAUUUGACGCCGCCACCGUGAGGGACGGCACCAGCGAAGCGCAGCAUGUGCAGUUUUCUGGAAUGGAGGCGUACGGCUCGUCUAUACCCAUCAGAAAGGCCGUCGACCCUCAGGGCGACGUGCUGUUGGCAUACGGCAUGAACGGCCAACCCCUGCCCAGGGACCACGGCUACCCCUUGCGAUCCAUCGUGCCCGGACACGUCGCUGCUCGGUCCGUCAAGUGGCUCAGUCACAUCACCCUGAGCGAUGAGGAGAGCCCUACCCAGUGGCAGCGCAAGGAUUACAAGUGUUUUGGCCCCAACCAGACAAAGGUCGACUGGGAGUCUGCUCCGGCAAUCCAGGAGCUGCCCGUCCAAAGCGCCAUUACCGGUGUCAAGCUGGGUGGCUGGAAAGCGUCGGGUGAAUCGCCGGCGAAAGAGGUUGCCCUCAACGGGUACGCCUACUCCGGCGGCGGACGGUCAGUCAUCCGCGUCGACGUCUCGCUCGACGAUGGGAAGACGUGGUCACAGGCCGAUCUGCUGCGAGACGAGGCGCCGAAAAAGCUCGACGGCAAGGCCUGGAGCUGGAAACGGUGGACAUUCAACGGGGCUGUUCCCCUAGAGGCCUUCAAGACCCCGGAAGACGAUGCAUCUGCCGGCCACGACGAUACCGAUGAGGAUAGGAACACCAUCAGGCGAGGCACUGCCAGGAGAUCCGCCAACAGCGAGGGCGGCGGCCAGCAGAACUCCAAGGGCAACAACAACAACAACAACAACAGCAGCAGCAGGAGAUGCACCACCGUUGCCAUCAAGGCGACAGACGAGGCGUACAAUACCCAGCCGGAGAGCCAUGCCGCUACGUGGAACGUCAGGGGCAAUCUGGCCACCGCGUGGCAUCGCGUGCAGGUUUGCACGGACUGUUCUCCCGGCGCCAUUGCUCUGGAGAAGAAGAAGAAGAAGCCUUUGCAUGAGAAGAAGUCAUCGCACGAGGAGGAGUGA